AAUUCUAACUCCCGCCUCCACCUUCCCCACCCUGCCCUGCUUUUAACCCUCCUCAGGGCUCUCCACCGGCCACCGCUCUGAAAAAGUCCAUGAACCUUCACACAUGGCAGUUGUAUCUUUUGGCCUUGAGACUGCAUUUCUUGCAUUGUCACUUCGGUCUCCCUACCCAGCUGAGAGGUUUCCUUCAUGUCACAGACUUCAGCAGUUCUGCCGCUGACCCCUGGUGCAAUGACUUACUUAGUACAGCUCUCCAUUUUUGUAAGAUUCAGACCUAUAUGUCCCUCUGCUUGCCUGGCAUUUUUACCUGGAUAGUUCUUCAAAGAUAGGGCCAAAAUAGUACCAGCAUUCUUCUCCUCCUCAAACCUGCUAUUUUGCCUGGAUUUGUGUUACAAAUGUCACCAGGCAUCCCACUAAGCAUGAUAGUCAACUUUGACGGCACUACCCUUCACUUCAAGUGUCAGGCAUAUGACUCAGGGCUUGGACAUGUCUGGUGUUUUCAUGGAAAUGGUGAAGGCCAGUGCCACUGUAGAUAUUGUUCAGAAAAAGUUGGUUUAUCUGUAUAUGGGCACAUAUGCACCUUUGAAACCAGAUCUGGCGCUCUUGGCCAUCAAUACACUAUGUAAAGACUGCUCAGACCCCAACCCAAUGGUGCGAGGACUGGCACUCCGGAGCAUGUGUAGCCUCAGGAUGCCUGGUGUGCAGGAGUAUAUCCAACAGCCUGUCCUUAAUGGUCUGCGGGAUAAGGCUUCCUAUGUCAGAAGAGUGGCAGUCCUUGGCUGUGCCAAGAUGCAUAAUCUUCAUGAAGACUCUGAAGUGGAUGGUGCUCUGGUCAAUGAGUUAUACAGUCUCCUGCGUGACCAGGAUCCAAUUGUGGUUGUGAACUGCCUGAGGUCUCUAGAGGAAAUUUUGAAACAGGAAGGAGGUGUUGUCAUUAAUAAGCCCAUUGCACACCAUCUCUUAAAUAGAAUGUCCAAACUGGAUCAAUGGGGCCAGGCUGAAGUAUUGCACUUUCUGCUCCGCUACCAACCCCGAGGUGAGGAGGAGCUGUUUGAUAUUCUCAAUUUGUUGGACAGCUAUCUCAAGAGCAGCAGCACAGGUGUGGUGAUGGGAGCCACCAAACUCUUCCUGAUCUUGGCAAAAAAGUUCCCCCAUGUACAAACUGAUGUGCUUGUACGAGUCAAGGGACCCUUGCUGGCUGCCUGUUCUUCAGAGAGCCGUGAGCUCUGUUUUGCUGCUCUCUGUCACGUCCGCCAAGUCUUGCACAGUUUGCCAGGUCACUUCAGCAGUCACUACAAAAAGUUUUUUUGCUCUUACUCGGAACCCCACUAUAUCAAGCUACAGAAGGUGGAAGUGCUGUGUGAACUGGUGAAUGAUGAGAACGUGCAGCAGGUUCUAGAAGAGCUUCGAGGGUACUGCACGGAUGUGUCUGCUGACUUUGCACAGGCUGCCAUCUUUGCCAUAGGUAGCAUUGCCAAGACUUACACAGACCAGUGUGUACAGAUUCUAACAGAGUUGCUGGGGCUCCGACAAGAACACAUCACUACGGUGGUGGUGCAGACUUUCCGAGACCUGGUUUGGUUGUGCCCUCAGUGUACGGAAGCUGUGUGUCAGGCCCUGCCCGGCUGUGAGGAGAACAUUCAAGACAGUGAGGGGAAACAGGCACUUAUUUGGUUACUUGGGGUCCAUGGAGAAAAAAUAUCCAAUGCUCCUUAUGUGUUGGAGGACUUUGUAGAAAACGUGAAGUCAGAGACAUUUCCUGCUGUUAAGAUGGAGCUGCUGACUGCACUAAUGCGCCUCUUCCUUUCGCGUCCUGCAGAGUGCCAGGACAUGCUGGGACGUCUAUUGCAUUACUGCAUAGAGGAAGAAAAGGAUAUGGCUGUACGAGACCGAGGUCUCUUCUAUUAUCGCCUCCUGUUAGUUGGCAUUGAUAAAGUUAAGCAGAUCCUGUGUAGUCCUAAAUCUGACCCUUCUCUUGGACUUUUGGAGGAUCAACCAGAACGACCUGUGAAUAGCUGGGCUUCAGAUUUCAAUACACUGGUGCCAGUGUAUGGCAAAGCCCACUGGGCAACUAUCUCUAAAUGCCAGAAGGUAGAGCGUCAUCGUCUUGAGCUACCUCCCAAUGCAUCCUUGGCCAAACCAGGUCACUUGAUUUCUGAAGAGAACAAACAAGGAAUACAAGAAUCUCUUGAUCCUGAAGCUCUCAUGCUGGUCCCCAAUCUCCAGCUUACUGCUGAGUAUUUUGAGAAAACAUGGCUUAACCUCAAAGUUACUCAUCAACAGGUGUUUCCUUGGCAGGGAGAAGUCCAGCCUGACACUCUCCAAAUGGCUCUAAAAGUAGUGAACAUUCAGACCAUCGCAAUGAGCAAGGCUGGGGCACAGCCCUGGAAAGCCUACCUCAGCGCUCAGGAUGAUGCUGGUUGUCUCUUCUUAACUGAAUUACUGUUAAAGCCUGAGAACUCAGAAAUGCAGGUCUCUGUGAAAGAGACUGAGGCGAGGACUGAAGCACUGCACGGUUUUGUUGCUGUGCUAGAAACUGUGAUUGGAACAGUUGGAGACAUAAAAUCCUGAGUCCUGCUGCGUGCCUUGCAGUGAGGUGAACAGCUUUCAGAGUUCCUCCAUUUUCUCAUAGAGCUGCUUCUGAGUCCACGUAUCAGAUGCAGAGAGUGGGCAGUCUGGGAAUCCCGGCUUUUGUGUUCACCCAAAGGCUCCUCCCUUGUUCCCUUCCAACCUGUCAGGGAUUGAGCCCAUUUUAAAGGAGAACGUUACACACAGUAGUAUUGAUAAGGGGUAAAGGUGGGACGAGGAUAGGAUGGGGAUUUUUCUCUGAUCAUUUUAGGGGUUGUAUUUAUUAAAUAUACCUGGCACCUGUGGGAAUU